CACGUCAUCAAAGAGAGCCUAACAUAACUUCAGCCCACAUUGAUCUGUAGUAGACAGGCUGACAGCACACAGGUCACACUGAACACAGUUACACAUGACGUCUGAGAGGCUGCUGUGUACCUGCUCUGAAGGAAUGAUCAGACUGAGCGAAGAAGAGUUCUAAAGACCUGACCUGAUCCAGAGUCAGUGCAGAGCACUGUGUUAAAGCCUGCCACUCAUCAUCAUCAUCAUCAUCAUCAUCAUCAUCAUGUGCCAGGUGGACGAAGACUACCAUGACCAGCUGGAGCACGCGGACGCGCCCAGUGUUUCCAAGAAAUGUGCCAAAUGCAAAGAGGCGACUGCUGCCGUGGUCAUCAGAGCUGGAGACACGUACUGCAGGGACUGUUUCAGGGAGUACUUCAUUCAUAAGUUCAGAGCCAUGCUGGGCAAAAACAGGAUCAUUUUUCCCGGAGAGAAGGUGCUGCUGGCUGUAUCUGGAGGGCCUUCUUCCUGCUCAAUGCUCAGUCAGGUCCAAGAGGGUUUGAGUCAGAAUGCUCACAAGAAGCUGAGAUUCUUACCUGGCAUCGUCUACAUUGAUGAGGGUGGAGCUGUGGGUCAGUCUGUGGAGGAGAGACGGAGGACGGUGGCGGAGCUGCGAGCUUUGUUCAGAGCCACUGGUUUCCCCUUCCACAUCGUGUCUCUGGAACAGGUUCUGGACCUCCCCGGUUCAGUUGUGACUGUGGCCCCGUCGCCUUCAGAGCAACCAGCCAGCGCCUACAAAGCAGCCGUGGAUCAUUUCAUCCAGAACGAUGGCGGUAGCCGUCUGACGCCGCAGGACGAGCAGGAAGCGUCACAUCCUGAUGUUCAGGAGUCACACACACAGUCACUGCAGCAGCUGAUCGGCUCUGCAAAGACGCUGACAGCCAGAGAAGACCUGCUGAGCACAUUAAGGCACCACGUCCUUGUGCACACAGCUCGUACUGAAGGCUACAGCAAAGUGAUGCUGGGAGACAACUGCACCAGACUGGCUGUUAAACUGCUCACCAGUAUAUCACUGGGCAGAGGAGCACAGCUGGCUCAGGACACGGGUUUCUCAGACUCCAGGUAUGGUGACAUAAUAUUGGUGAGGCCAAUGAGGGACUACUCGGCUAAAGAAAUCGCUUACUACAACCGGAUGUUCACCGUGCCCUCUGUCUUCAUACCAGGCCUGGACACCAUGGUGACAGACAAAGCCAGUAUCCAGCGUCUGACAGAGAGCUUUGUCACUAAACUGCAGGUGGGCUUCCCCUCCACUGUCAGCACCAUCUACAGGACCAGUGAGAAGCUGCAGACCGUGUGUAGGAGCUCCUCCACAGCUGACCUCUUUGACCGAUGUCUGCUCUGCAUGUGCACCCUGGACACUGCUGUCGAGGAUGCCUCUGCCUUCAAGGCCACACAGAUCUCAGAGCAGCUCUCCCAGACUAAAUCUCCAGGAGCUCCCAGGACUGAGACCCAGAGACAAAUCCAAGCUCCAGCAGAGUCCGAGUCGACUGCUCCCACCGGACAGUGCUGCUCCUCUGGAGGAGGAGAGGAUUGUGGGAGAGCAGCAGCAGCAGGAGGCGGCGGAGGCUGCUGUUCAUCUGCCAAGCUUCCAGAGACGACCAACCUGAAGAGUCUGAUGUGUUACAGCUGUCAGCUGACCAUCAAAGACAUGACUUCUGUGGAGCGUCUCCCACAGUACAUCCUGUCAGAGGCUCAGAGGAGGCAGAGGAGGUCUCAGAUGAGAGAGGAGAUCAGUGAGUUCCUGUUGGAUGAAGGAGAUGGAGGUGAUUAGAGGAAUGAAACAGAGGUGAUCGUGAAUGUUCACCUCCAGCAGUCCGCUCCGAAAACGCACAUCACAGGAUCACUUGGAUCACAUCCUGGUGUCCUGCAGCAUCAUGGGGGCUGGAGGCGAUCCCUGCGAGUGAUCGAGGGAACACAUCAUCGAUGAUGGAUGGAUCACAGAUCGUUACAAAGUGAAGAAAUCCACCAGGACUCUGAAUUCAUCUGUGCACUCAAACACACGUGCUGGAUUCAAACCAGCAGCACAUAUUUCAAAUAUCACACACAUUCUCCUGGAGAGUAAACACACUGUUUCAGAAAGAGAACACAUGAAAGUGUUUUUACACUUCAUUCAUUCAUUAUGUUGUCACUGGUAAAGAUCGUGUAACAAGUCAUAACAGAUCAGUUUGAAGAUUUUGUACGUGUUAAUGCUGUUUAAAUAAACUUUAGACU